UAAGAACAAGUGAGAAGAAGAAGAAAUAAGGCAAAUUAUUGGUCCAUGUUCCAUUUAAUCUCAAGAUAGGCAUAUGAAGUAGAGUUCUUGAGCUCAACAUAUCUUCUAUAGCGAUUAUGGCUACAUUACCACCAUCUUUUAACCUCUUCUCUUCCCUCCCCUCAACUCCGCCGCCCAAUGACUUCAAACCCAAUUCUCAACCGCCUCCUCAAUCUCCCAUUCCCAUUCCCAAAUACCCUCCUCCUCUCAAAUCCCGUAAACAUACCCAACAAUCAACCAAACCCACUUCCACUUCCACUUCCACCCCCUUCAACACUUUUCAUAAUCGCUCUAAAUACUAUAAACCCGUCCGAGAAGGUGUCAUCUCAUCGGACGGAGAACGUUCUGUCAUCGUGGGUGAAUCUGGUGUCUCCUAUCUUCUUCCUGGUGCUCCUUUUGAGUUCCAAUUUAGCUAUUCAGAGACCCCAAAAGUGAAGCCUUUGGCAAUUCGAGAGCCGGCUUUUUUGCCUUUUGCUCUUCCUGAGAUGCCGAGACCGUGGACGGGUAAGGCCCCUUUGAAGAGUUCUAAAAAGAAGAAGAAAAUUCCUCUUUUUGGGUCUCCUCAGAAUGAUAUUCAGACAGAGGUGGAGGAAGGUGUGAGGCAUUUUGAAAUGCCUAGGCCAUUUCAGCUGGGGAAGAUUGAGAAUAAGCCGAGGGAGAAGUUUCUUGGCAAACCAUUGACAAAAGAGGAGAUUCGAGAGCUUCUUAAGCCUCAUAUUUCUAGUAAUCGACAGGUUAAUUUGGGUAGGGAUGGAUUGACACAUAAUAUGUUGGAAUUGAUCCAUACCCACUGGAGAAGACGACCUGUAUGCAAAGUCAGGUGCUUAGGAGUUCCCACAUUAGAUAUGAACAAUGUCUGCCGUUGCCUUGAGGAGAAAACUGGUGGCAAGAUUAUCCAUAGAGUUGGUGCAACCGUUUAUCUUUUUCGAGGUAGACAUUAUAAUCUUGAAACUCGGCCAAGGUACCCAGUGAUGCUCUGGAAACCAGCCACACCGGUUUACCCAAAGCUCAUUCAAGAGGCCCCCGAAGGAUUGACAAAAGCUGAAGCAGAUGAAUUACGUGAGAAAGGGAAGAAGCUUCUGCCUAUUUGCAAACUAGGAAAAAAUGGUGUUUAUGUUACUCUAGUAAAAGAAGUGAGGCAUGCUUUUGAAGGAUGUCCAUUAGUUAAGAUCAAUUGCAAUGGUAUGCAUGCAACUGAUUACAAAAAGAUUGGUGGUAAACUGAAGGAUCUUGUUCCAUGUGUGCUCCUAUCAUUUGACGAUGAACAGAUACUAAUGUGGAGAGGAGAAAAGUGGAAAUCAAUGUACUCUAAAUAUUCUUCAACUCAAAGCUCUUCCAGCUUUAUCAAUGGAAAUGACUUAAUGCACACAGGAAGCAAGGAUAUUAACAAUGGCGAAAAAGACCAUACAAGAAUAGUAACAACUUCAAGUCCUAAAAUGAUGUCAUUGUGGAAGCGGGCAAUUGAUUCAAACAGCGCAUUGUUGCUUGAUGAUAAGACUGAUAUGAGCCCCGAUGCCCUUUUAAAGAAGGUGGAAGAAUUCGGAUAUUCAACACAAGCAACCGAGCACUCCUACCCGGCACUGCUUGUGUCCAAUAAAAAUGGAAAUGAGAGUGUGGAAUUGGACUCGGACACAGAAGAUAACUCGAGUCUUGAUGAUGAUGACGACGAUGACGAUGAGGAACAUUAUGAUUAUCUAAGUGACUCAAACUUACCCCUCGGUUCAUUACCUAUUGAUUCAAUUACAUAUCUGUCAAGUGAGGAAUGAAAGUCGUGCCAAGUGGUUGACAAUAAUGUACAGUUGUGAAUGUAUUUAUUUGUAUUAUCUAAACCUUAUUUUGA